AAAGUCAGAGCGUUCCGUUUCAAUAAUUUUUAAGUUGUCGCCCUAUCUGGAUUACUAGGACUUUUUUCGGGAUAAUACAUAUGUAUUACGCGUUUCCCUUCUAAACUCACUGUUUUCGUAGUUUUGCUUCACAAUCGAAUGUCUGUUUUUUGAAACUUUGUCUUGAGAAAGGGAAUUAAUUUAUUAAUUUACGAAGGAUGGUUUCACUUCAUACAAACAUAAGUCGAGACAGCCAAUAACUAUGAACCUAAAGGUUGACGAUAUGAUCACUCUUCAUCUUCUAUUGUUCAGCACCAUAAAUACAACGACUUUUCAGUUGAUAUUCCUCUUAACAGAUAAACCGUGUUCGCUAGAACAUGACAGACUAGUUAAUCCUCUAAAGAAAUAACGCUUCAUGGAAACGUAGUAAAAGGUCUAGAAGCUAUUAUCAUAAAGUAAAUAAGAUAAAUAAAUUUAUAUGUGGACUCAAACAAAUGCUUAACUAUGGAAAUAAUCCACAAUGGCAGUGAUUUUAUUAUUAUGAUACUGGUUUAUUAGGAAGUGCAUAGUUUUUUUGCAGUUUUCAUACUGAUAAUCUCCAGACUCACGUUGGUUUUUUGAUUUAGUCGAGUCAUGUAACAGGGUUCAGAAAAAGUGGCGAAAAGUUGGUUCAUUCAGUCAGUCAAAUGCAACUUAAGACGUGGUGCGCGUGUACAUCAGUUCAAGCUGUCAUACUGCAUGAACAUGGCGAUAUGAAAUCGUCAAAAAAAUUUCAAAGUACUAAAUUUCAAAUAUAGGCCAUGUGUUGAUCGUCUCACUUAUAGCUGGAUAUUACACUUAUUUCACCAAGGGGCCACGAUGCGUUUAGCCGAAAAAUUAUUAUUGGUUGUUAUACGAAUAUGGUAAACUUUAAUUUUCGAUUUAAAAUUUCCGGGAUUGGAUUAAUCUCUAGUGACACAUUUUGUGAAAAAUGGUAAUAAUCGAAAAAAACUUGUGCCAUAUGCAAACAACUUUAUCACCAGUUUAUAUGGCUUCUAAUGGUACUGAUUGACCUUGAUAAUUUGGAUAAGGUUAAAAGCAACAUUAUCAGGGAAAGCUUAAUUAUUUACUAGCUGACUUAUCAUCUUCAUAGCGAUGGUAUACAUGACAAAAGUUCAUCAAAAGUUCGGGGACUUUCCGGAGCAUUUCGUGAUCAUAUUUGAUAUAGGAUGAUUUUCAGAUGAACAACAUAAAAUUAAACCAAUGUUCAUCUCGGGAUUUAGAUAUGCACUUACUAUAGUACUAUUCAUAUGAUCUUUAAUAGUAAUAAGCCACUCUUAUAAAUUGUGUAGUCAUUUCUGGUCUUUUUAACAUAGAGAAUGUCUUUUGAAUAUUUAAUAUUAUUUUUUCUGUUAUAGAUGUUUGUCAUUAAUUACCCAUAGUCUUAUUCAGAACAUAAAGAUGCUAUGAAUUCCACUUUACACUCUGCGGACUCCAGUGUUAUCCAAACCAGUUUAUUUGGUCAGUAUAACAGGACUGGGGAUCCAACUAGCCUAUGGUGUGAUGAAUCUUUGGAAAACCCAGACUCUAUGUUGGAUCAAUGCAAAUGCUACACAAGUACUCCAAGUUCUUUUUCUACUACUUCAGAGAGCACAUCUUAUUCGCGUGAUCUUUAUGUUACAUCUAGACUACGAAGUCGGUCUGAAGAGAAAAACCGUAAAUCGGAGCAUCCCUUUUAUCUAUCUCAUUCCGUAAUCAAUUAUUUAAAAUUGGACAAAUUAUCUAACAAAAUGUGUCCUGGUUGUGUUCCUUGUUCUUCUGAUGAUAAACUACGAUCAAGUAUGUACUCCGAAGAAAAAGACGAUUUGAAUGUCACUCAAAAGGACUUCCAACAGGGUAACAAAUUCAAGCGCAAAGGAAACCAGUCGUUUAAAUCAAGUUCGUCAGUCUGGUAUAGCGAUGAUUCCGACUCAGUCCCUCCAGCGAUGGCUCUCAUAAAUGUAAAUCGACUUCAUACCCAAACCUUGCAUCCAGCUACAUUAAAUGAGAACAGAAUAAUUGCAAAAAAUAACAUUUUAUAUGAUUUCAACACUGAGUUUGAUGUCGCUGGAUCAAAAAUAUCAAAAACAUUUUUGAACGCUUCAAGAAAAUCUCUUCCAGCAAUCCAUCUUGAUCGUGAUUUAGAAGUAAGCGGCAGUAGCGGUACCAGUAGUCUUUCUUAUACGGCUGUGAUUGGUAACGAGGCGGAAUAUAUUCAGCCGGAUAAACGCUUAGAGCCAUUCUCUGAUGAAUCUAACAAGCACCACUUAAAUUCUCUGCAUUUCGGGCAAAUCGGUGCAUCCGCGAGAGAUUCUGGCUUAAGUUCACAUUCAAGCAAUUCUGUAAAUUAUUCCCCUAACUAUCUUCUGCUCCCUCAUAAAGGAUUGGUUCCUGAGUGUAAAACUAGUCUCUCUUCGACACCUCCACCAGUUCCAAGUCACGCCCCUCAAUCACAAACUAUGAUUGCACUUACACAAAGGAACGGAAAUAGUAUUUUAAAUACAACCAAUUUAGUACGUUGUGAAACUGACCUUACAAAGUGUACAUGCUCCAAAAGUUCAAGCAGUAAAAUGGUAGAAGGAAGAAUUCGUGGAACAACUAUCCGAUUGCAUUCAUAUACGGGAGAAUCUAAAACUCUCUUAAAGUCAUAUUUCCCAAGUGAAAACAAACAGAUUAAACAAAAUCCUAAUUCAUCUUUAUCACCUAUAUGGAAACGUAAAUCAAAUACAUUACAAUCAAUGAUUAAGGAUAAAAUUCACCUCGUUGAAGAACAAAACUAUUCAAAAUCAAUCCAAAUAACUAAAUUCAAAGAAGGUGGUUGUAGCAAAAGAGAAGAUAAAGAAGAUGAUGUAGUAGGGAGAAAAGGGAAACAUUUAAUUAAUAAAGAUCAAUAUGAAAAUACUACUACUACUACUACUACCAAGAAUGAUAAUAAUCAUGACAGAGUACUAAAUUCCUGUCUACUUUUAAAUGAUUCAAUUAAACAACAAGAUAUUUGUACGGCCUGUACACUAAAUUGGCAAUUUUAUUUAUCCCAACCUUGUUGUUAUACAUUUAUAGAUGAUAUGGUUAAAUGUUAUCAUGAUGUGAAUAAUUCUUGGUAUUUUGUGAAACAUGAUUGUUUUCUAAAUUCUAUUACUCAACUGUUUAGACCUGAUAGUUGUUUCAAUUGUCGUAAACAUAUUUAUGCUGUAGGCGUAAAUUUAUUUAAUAGAAAUCCAUUGAGAGGUCUAAAAUAUUUGGCAAGACAUAAUUUCUUAAACUUGUCUUCUAGUAAACAAAUUUCCAAAUUUAUUCAAAAUAAUGCUGACUUAUGUCGUUCGAAAAUUGGAGCAUUUCUUGGUCUACCUCCUACAGAUGAGAUCAACCCAACGGAAGUUACAAUGAUUCUUCUGAAAUCUUUAAACAUUUCUGGUUUGGAAGUAGAUGAAGCUUUGCGAUUGGUUGUUCAUCGAUAUGGGAUGCCUGUGGAAUCUCAAGAAAUAGACAGAUUAUUGCAAUGUAUCUCUGAAUACUAUCAUACAGUUCGAUGGUGUUCAACAUCUGUCAAUUCAUCAGAUAUUUUUUCCAGUACUAAUGACCAUCAAUUGAAGUCUUUACCAGCUCCUCCUAUCACUCUGGAUCAGUUAUCAUUAAUAUUUUAUGCUAUUCUCUUACUACAAACCAGCCUUCAUAAUGUAAAUGCAGCAAAAUCAAGUUUAGGCAAACAGACUGUCAGUCAAUUUAUAAAAAAUGUAUAUGAUCUUUUAUUAAAUCAACCAUCUUCAUCAUCAUCUUCACUAUCUUCUUUCACGGCUAAAUCAAAGUCAAAGAUUUCAAAUGUUAAUCAAAACGAUAUGGUUGAUAAAAGUGGUAAUACUAAUACUGAAUCCAUUCUGGACAAUGAAAAUAAUAUUAAUAAUAACAAAUCUCUUGAUAUAAAACAUGUAUUCUCAAAUCGUACAUUAACUGAAAUAUUUCAUCGUAUUAAAGUUAAACCAUUGGAACCAGGUUCAGAUCAAACAACAAUCGUUCGACAUAUAUCUAAAGCAAUAAGAAAUUUGCAAGAAGUUAAAAUUUUAAACACCGAUGACAUUGAUAAUGAAUUCUUAUUCACGAAUAAUCCAUUUGAAUUAGUGGAACCACAUCGUCGAUUGGUUUGUUAUUGUACGGUGAUUCAUAUGGCAUAAUCAAUACAUUUACUUGAAAAUGAUCAAUCACCGGGGUAUAUCAAAAGUUAAACUUGGAACUGAAAUUAAAACCAAUUAAUCAAAAUCAACCUCCUCAUAAAGAAACCAGUAUUCUACGACAUUUGUUUGUUUUUAAUGACCUAAUUAUUAUUGCAAAAGAUACCUCUUCAAAACGUACUUCUGGUAGAAGAUUAGUUUUUGACAAAUCAAGGAAAAAUCAAUCAAAAAUAAAUGAUAAGAAAUUAUCACCAGAUCAAUGUGAUGGUUCUCUUCGUCCACCAUUAGAUUUAUUAUAUACCGAUUGUGAUAAAAAGUUUAAAAUAAUGAAUUCUGAAUCUAAUACACUUAACUGUAUGCAACCAAAUGUUGGUUGUGUACCUCAUAGAGUAGGAGGCGGAAGAGGAAGAAGAAGCAGAUCAAAAAAUGAACUUUAUAGUCGAAAGGCAGCUAAUUCUACUUCACAUUCCUAUACACGUCUUACUGCUUUAUAUGUUUUUUCAUUAUAUAGAUGUAAAAUUCGUCCUUUUAAAACUGAUGUGUAUCGUUAUGGAAUAGAAUUAUGGAAAUUUCCCGAGACAAGAACAUCACAUCAUCAAUCUAUUCCUGGUAGUUUUAACAAUAGCAAUAUACAACCGGAACAAAUGAUUAUUAUUGCUGCGCUCGAUAAAAGUGAUUAUGAAAAUUUAUUAAAUGAUUUAUAUCAAGCAUUAUGUGAAACCAAUCUUGUUGCAUUAGAAUUAAAAUAAUAUGCUUUCAGUGAAUUGAUUUCUCUUACUUAUAUUGCUAUGUGAUUAUAUUUGUAUUUUUAUUUGUGACUUCUCAUUUCUUAUGAAAAUAUAGAUAAACUACUUAAUUACUUUUACAUCGAAUUAUAUAUAUAUCAUGUAUGUUUACAUUCCUAAACGGUAGAUCUUCCUGAUGCCUCUCACUCUCCCAUCUCUCCCACACACACUUACUCUCUCUCUCUUUAUAUACAUAUACAUAAGGUUUGUGUUAGUACAUUAAAUGCUAUCUUAGGAUUUUGAAACGCUAUAUUUUUUCUCUCAGAUAAAUCAAAUAAAAAUAGCAAAAUAUUCAUUUGAUCCAUCAUAAUUUUUACUGUUUACUUUUCUUUUAGCAAACUAAAUAUAUUCAGAUAUAUGUUUAUAUAAAUAUUUGGUCUUUUUCCCUAUACAAACUAUUGAUUGUUUUUUAUUUUGUUCUACUUCAUUUUACUGUUCUAUUCCCUCACUCUGUCCUCCCUCUCUCACACAUACAUACACUCACAUUAUCUGUUUUUUUUUUUGUAACUAGUGUUGUCAUUCGUUAGUUUCGAUGUUUAUUUUUCCGAAGAAAAACAUCCCGUAGACUUUCUUUUUAUUCAAGAUAAAAAUGUCAUCGCAGCUAUGUUUUUAAUAAUUGAUUAUAUUCUUUGAUUUAUUUAUGUAUUGUAGAGUUGAUUCUCCAUUUAUUUUGGGUUUUUUUCAUUUUCUGUCAUUAUUGUUCAAAUGCCACAAUCACCAUACCGAUUUUAUUUAUCUCCGAUUUUUCUUUUUACUGUUUUUGUCGUUGUUGAAAAGAAAAAAAGGUAGUUCUAGAUUAUUUUAGUUAGAAUAUAUAUAAAGUGUACUGUUCAAUAACUUCCAUUGAAUAUCAUACUUCAAUAUUUAUGAUAAAAUGAUAUUUCCCUAUUCAUCUAUCAAAAAUAAACAUGAUUAUGCGGUUGUUAUGAUUUAUCAAUAUUAUGAUGAUGAAAAGGAUAACGGUUAGAUCAUCAACUAGAGAUACAUUUUUUUAAAACUAUCAUCAUUUUUUCAUCUAUACUUAGAUUCUGUUAAUAUUUCUUUUUUUUUUCAAAUGCUCUUUUACUAUAUUAGGUAUCAUUUUAGUUAUAAGGAUUAAUUAAAAGAAGAUAUGAUUAUUUAGAUUUCAGAAUAUCUUCUGUGAUUGGAAUAUCUGUCUUUGUAUCUCUUUAAUUGUAUCUGGUUAAUUUCUAGUCAUCUUGUAUACAUAUUUUGUUUGUCAUGUUGAUUUAUUCAUUGAAAGAUAUUUAACUAUUCGGUACUACUGUGGUGAUAUAUAUUGAUAAUAAUAAUAAUUGUUUUAUUCAAUAUUAUAUUUUUGGUACAAUAUAGAAUUCUCAGCAUAAAGUAUUUCAACAAGUUUCCGUUUCUUAUUUCUUGAUCGAUCGUUGCGACAAAUAUUAAGUGAUCACCAGUCAAAUGUUAAAAGUUCAGGAGUCGAUAUCUGAAUAAUGUUCACUCUUUUCAAUGCAUAUUGCUAGGAAUCACGAUGUCUCAGAUUGGGCUCUUUUGUGACUUGUACAGUGAAAAGUCAUGAACUUUUCAAAAACGCGUCUGAAUCGGUUGUUGAAAUAUUUGGAUGGCAGGAAUAGGUAGCCCAGAUAUUUAAGCAGGCCGCCAGAAAUCUAUACGUAUUGUUAAAACAAACUGAUUUUUGACCUCAAUUUGAAGGAGUCAUGAAUUUAGUUUGUCAUGAUUUUCCAAUAAAAGCUGAGUUUGUGUUUUUUUUAAUCAUCGAACGGGUCGCAACGAAAAUCUAGUUCAAAUCUCUCAAAAAAUUGUUAUAAAUUAUAAUUUUUAUUUUCAAUAACGGAAGCAUGAAUUCAGAAAUAAGCCAUUUAUGCAGGUGUUACUGAUAAGUAAUAUUAAACGUAGCACAUUUACUAAAUAAUACACGUUGAAAUGCAAUGUUAGGACAACGACAAAAAAUUAUCAUGACAAAUGAUACAAAUACAAAUAGUAAUAGUACCAGUGAUAGUAGGACAAAAUGAGGCAUAAACAAUAUAAUUCGAGAGAAAAAUACACUCUUAGGAUAAAAAGUACAUUUGGAGUUUAGAACACAUGGUCUAGAAGAUAAAAAGUGAAUACAUCUUUGCCAUUGUAAUCGAUUCUGAGACAUAUCACUCAAUGCCUCCAACUACCAGUUAGGUUAUCACAAGGACCUCAACCAAAUAGUUUACACUUGUCAACAUGGCUCAAUUCAGCAAUCAAAGGUUUGGUCAACUAAAGUCCUUAGGUUAACAGUUGAAAUCUUGGGAUUAAUUGUCCUAUAAAAAAACUUCAGAUCAUUUCAGAUAGUUCUUUGGACAUUCAUAUUCUUACAUAAAUCAUACAGUAAUUCUUCCCUUAUAACAAUAACUUAUGCUUAUAUAUGAACAUUCAUCACAAUUAGAACUCUCAGUUUGACAGGAAUCGGGAACCAAGUAUGUAAAAGAUACCAUAUGUAAACAUAAUGUUCCAAAUAACCACAGCAGUUUGAAUAAUUUCAACGCUCCGCCCACCAAAACUGUUCGCACAAUAUAUCGGCUACAGUAUCAUAUUCACAAAUUUUCUGAAUAAUUGAGAUAAGAGGAUCGGAGAUCGUUUACAUCACAAACUGAUUGAUUUUAGCUAGAUAGCCAUUCAAAAUCAAUGACCACAAAAUAGAUAUAAGAGUCAUGGGUGUACAUUGCUAGGAUAAAACAGCUGACCAGUUUUCUCUAGUUUUCACUAGCAGUCUAUGAUCCAAACUAUCUACCAACUAAACAUUAAUUCUAAGACUAAAAUGAUCGCUUGCUCAUUCUCCCAGAGAUCUAAGGAAGAAAAAACAUGGAAUUUUAUAUCAUAACGUUCAUGGCCUUCCUUUUUGAAGAUUUCCCCAACUAACAUUUUUUAAUGUAGCUCACAUGAACAUGUGAAAUUUAACUUUGAAUUGCGAACAACUUUUCUAGGUAAAAAUGCUUACUUGCAUUAGUGAAAUUAUUUCUUUUAUGUUAAUGUAGAAUGGUAUUUUAAAACAUUAAUUAAUCUUUGGUUACGUAAAACCAUUAUACAGGAAAGUAGAUAUUAAGUCUGUUUUAUUUUCUCUAUUCUUAUUCACUUCCCUUCGACUCUUUUGUGUAUUGCUUUAUACUAUAUUCAGUAAACAGCUGUUUUCCUAGCAAUUUCUACGCGUCUGUUGUGACGCGAGCUUAUCGUGUAUUAUUCCAAAAUAUUUACAUACGCUUAUAACAUUUAUUGUAUAUAUCAUGAUAGCCACUUUGAAUCCUUUUAGCAGUUAUUCUCAAUUUUGUAUAGUCGUUUAAUCCUUGUUUCAACGCAACGGUUUCCAUAUUGUUUGCUCUUGAUUCCAGUUUUGCUUGUUGAUAAAAUGUUAUCAAGAUUAGACACAGCUAUUAGCUGUCACAUUAUCAUAUAUCAUAAUUAUUCCUUAUGUUAUUAUUGCAGGGAGACUUUUUUAUUUUACAGUUACAAGGAACCACACAUACCUCACAAGUUGAAGUUUGUAUCUGAUUUAUGUAUAUUACUCAAUAAAGAAUAGUUUUUUAAACAAAUCGUUGUUUUGUGAACUCCGAUUUCCCGCGUAUCUUAAUUUUGUGAAUUAGACGCUUCGAUAGAUUUAACAGUACGACAGCACGCAAUGUCGAGUCACCUAAGCUAAUGACCACAUUGCAACAUGGUCGAUAGCAUUCGAUCUGCACUAAUAAGGAAUAGACACGCAUGACAUUGAUCGCCACCCAGUGAUCAAUCAAUUGUGAGUAGAUCAUUGUUUUAUGCCGUUUUGAUGUUCAUCUCGAAGGGGUGAAUUUAAAUUCUAUGCAAAAACAUUUAAUGAAAGACAAACU